GAUUUAUACCCCCCCAGUUUUAGCGGUGCCCCGUGCUUACUCUCUGUUCUUGCUCAAAUGGGCAAGCCCAAGCUGUUAUCAAUGGCGACCCCUUCCUUCUUCAAGGUCAUGUUCGGCGAUUUCAGAACCAGCCUGCGGAUACCGACUUGCUUCGAAAAGCAUUUUGGAGAGAAACCUAUGCGCAGGUCAGUGCUUCGGAGCUCGGCAGGCCGGAAAUGGGAGAUCAAGAUGGGAACUGUUGGCGAUCAGGUUUUCUUUCAAGAUGGAUGGGGGCGAUUUAUAUCGGAUAAUUCGAUUAAUUUCGGAGAUUUCUUGGUUUUCUUUUACGACGGUGAUGUGGGUUUUGAUGUUAAGAUCUACGGGGCGACAUGCUGCGAGAAAGCAGUGGAAUUUGAAGUGAAGAUAGAAGCAGAAUCAGAAUCAGAAUGUUCUGAUUAUAAAAGCCCAGUGAACCCAGGAAGUGAUCCCCUGAAAGUUGGUAGGAAUAAGAAGGCAAGAAAGAGCAAAGAAAUCACGGCCGAAAAGAGCAAAAUGUGCUAUAAGGUCAUUCGAGGGGCGAAGGUGAGUGACAAGGCUAUCAAAGCUGCAUGUUCCUUCAGGAGUCCUCAUCCUCAUUUUGUUACCAGUUGCAGGAGCUCGCCCACCUUUUACAUGAGAAUUCCUGCAGAACUGGUUAAGAAAUGUAAUCUUGAUGUGAAGAACUCAAUAGUCCUUCAGGAUCCUCGUGGUACUUCAUGGUCCAUAAAAUUAUCUACCUGGGGCGAUGGGCACCUACGUUUGACAUCUGGUUGGUCCCGUUUCUACAACAAAAACCACUUGAAGGAAGGAGAUGCUUGUGUUUUGGAGUUAGUCCAAGGAGGCGCAACGAUAAAUGUUCACAUUUUUAGAUCUGCCGAAUAUAGAACAAAAUCAAUUCCACAAUCAGGUGAAAGAUUUCUGAACGUAGAUGACAUGAGAAAGGUUCAACAUGCUAGAAAAUCAAUGGGUUCAGAUAAUAUUAAGAGUGAAAGAUUUCUGAGUAUAGAUGUCAUGAAAAAGGUUCCAAAAGAAGCCGAAUCCUUUAAAUCAAGACACCCAACGUUAGUUAUUGUCUGGAGGCCGUCUCUUUUUUAUCGCGUGAACAUUCCAAAGAAACUGGCACAAGAACUUGGCUUGGUGAAAGAUCAGGAAACAAUUCUAAUCGAUUCUUCAGGGAAAUCUUGGAGCGCAGACAUCAGUGUUCGAACAACUGGGCUAGUGGAAUUGGGGGUUGGAUGGUCCCACUUCUCAAGAGGCAACAACUUGGCCUCGGGUGAUGUAUGCAUAUUUGAAUUCUUCGGAGGAGCUGAGUACAUAAAAGUGCACAUUUUCCGCGCAGGAGAAACUAACACAGCUAAUUAAUCUCGACGGAAAAGCCUGCAGUUCUGUUUUCACAUCUUGGCACAACCAGAUGCCUGUAAUUAUGUAAAUAUCAGACUUGUUUACAGAA